CCCUCCAUGAAAUGAAAUGUUCGUGGCGGUGGUUUACCUUCGUAUCAGGAUACCACAGGUAGCCUUACCAUCGCUCUUUUUCUCUUUCGGCGCGCGAAAGCUGAUCCCCGUCUCCGCCUUACGCCACAUCUCCUCUCAUCCUCAGCGACCACCGCCGUGCUCGCGCUCCAUUAAUGGACCGCCGGGGAUCUCCACUUCACGCCCUGACCACAGCGUCGAUCCGCGCGUCGCACGAGCCAACUAUGGCAUCACCCAACUCAGUCGCCAGGGCAAGAUGGCGGACGCCCGACAGCUGUUCGACGAAACGCCCCACAAGGACGUCAUCUCCUGGACCUCAAUGAUCUCCGGCUAUGUAAGAUGCGGUAUGCUCCGCGAGGCCCGAGCGCUCUUCGAACGCUCCGACUCGGAGAAGAACGUCGUUACCUGGACCGCUUUGCUCUCUGGCUACAUCCGUUCGAGGCAUAUCAGGGAGGCCGAGGAGCUGUUCGGUCGGAUGCCUGAAAAGAAUGUCGUAUCAUGGAACACGAUGAUCUCUGGGUAUGCUGAGAACGGCUUUGUUGAUGAGGCCUGUGAGUUGUUCCGACGGAUGCCAGAGAGGAAUAUUGUGUCCUGGAACACAAUUGUGACUGCCUUGGCUCAAUCUGGUCGGGUUGAUGAAGCUUACUGUCUCUUUGAAAGAAUACCGCAGAGGGAUGUGAUAUCGUGGACUUCGAUGGUCACAGGCUUGUCACAGAAUGGGAGGGUCGAUGAGGCUCGUGCUGUCUUUGAUAGGAUGCCAGAGCGAAAUGUGGUUUCCUGGAACGCAAUGGUAUCGGGUUAUGCCCAGAAUUCAAGGCUGGAGGAAGCAUUGGAUCUUUUCGUCAAGAUGCCUGAGAGGGAUAUCAUAUCCUGGAACAUGAUGAUCACUGGGUUUAUACAGAAUAGAAAUUUGAAGAGGGCUCGAGAGUUGUUCGACAAUAUGAACGAGAAAAAUGUGAUCACUUGGACUACAAUGAUCACAGGAUAUGUGGAAGAUGAGCAGAAUGAGGUGGCUUUGAAGAUGUUCUUGGAGAUGUUAAUGGAUGGUGUUAAGCCAAAUCAAGGAACAUUUGUCAAUGUCUUGGCUGCUGUUAGCAAUUUAGCAGCUUUCCUUGAAGGGCAGCAGAUUCAUCAGAUUGUUAGCAAAACCGUCUUCCAGUUUGAUACUUUUGUGAGUUCUGCUAUAAUGAACAUGUACUCCAAGUGUGGUGAGAUUGGAACAGCUAGGAAAGUGUUUGACUUAUCAGACCAGAAGGAUUUGGUAUCUUGGAACGGAAUGAUUGCAGCAUACGCUCAUCAUGGGAAUGGGCAAGAGGCAAUAAGCCUAUUUAGAGAGAUGCAUCAGAAUGGAUUCAAACCUAAUGAUGUGACAUAUGUGGGAUUGCUCUCAGCAUGUAGUCAUUCGGGUUUGUUUGAUGAGGGGCUUAAUAUUUUCAAGUCUAUAAUGAAGGAUCCAUCAGUUGAAGUGCGAGAAGACCAUUAUGCUUGCUUGGUAGACCUUUGUGGCCGAGCUGGCCGACUUCAGGAGGCUGCAAGCUUUAUUAAGGGGCUAAAGAUUGGCCCUUCAGCAACCUGUGUUUGGGGGGCACUUCUCAGUGGUUCUAAUAUCCACGGGGACAUGCAAAUUGGGAACUUAGCAGCCAAGAAGCUCAUGGAGGCAGAGCCCAAUAAUGCUGGGUCUUACAUGCUGUUAUCAAACAUUUAUGCUUCAGCUGGUAGAUGGAAGGAAGCAGCAAAGAUAAGGUUACAGAUGAAAGGUAAAGGACUAAAGAAACAACCUGGAUGCAGUUGGAUUGAGGUGGGCAAUAGAGUCCAUGUGUUUGUGGUACGUGAUAAAUCUCACAUUGACUCUCAGAGGAUUUACACUCUGUUGCAUGAUCUUCAUGACAAAAUGAAGAGAACUGGAUAUGUGCCUGCUACAAAUCAUUCUCUAGUUGAGGAUGAGUUGAUGACCAUGUAAGUUGUGCUUCCUUUUAGAUUGGAGAAUAACCAUUGGUAAGUGGAGAAGAGGUUGCACUGUGGAUCUAUUGUGUGGCUCAUUAGUAUGCGAAUGGCCCUUGAAAUUAGGUUUCUUUCCUUACUUGAGUGAAGAACAACCUCAUACCAGGUUAAUCUCAAGCCAAAAAAGGCUUAUCCGUUCACACUUGUUGCUUUGACAACACACUGCAGAUUGAUUGUAUAUCAUUCUGAUGUUGCCUACUGUCAGAAGGUCAAGUGAAAGGUAAGAGAAGGAUCAUGUUCAUCUGCUGACUUGUUCUACGUCCCUGCUAAAGUUGAGCUUGUGAACAAAGAAAAAUGAAGACUGCAACAACAUUAGCUCAGUUAACAGGAUGAUUCUCUUCUGUCCAAAAGAAGAUCAAUUUCUUUAGAAUGUGGCUAAGUGUUAGGAAAAACAGUGUCGUAGGUUCGUGUACCUCAUCCAACUCUUUUUGAUAUCAGAAAAAGUCAAAAGCCACCUAUGACUUAUUUAUGUCCUAUGUAGUAUGAGCUUUGACUAAUCUCAAAAUAAUAGUUGUGGCAUCCAUUUCCGAGGGCGGCUGCUGAAUCCUCAAAAAAAUUGUGGAGUGCUUAUAUUCAGAUAUAAGAAACAGCACAUAUAUAAUAGAUCUACUGGAGAAAUGCUAGCCCUUCAGGCAUUUGUUUAAUGCUGUAAUCUUUCAGGGCACACCACCUACAUCAAUUGACCAUAAGUUUAGUGUUCUUUAACUACUAUGACAAGGUCAACCAUAAUUUUGUAUAAGGUCUGAAGCCAUGUGAUUUGCAACAAAAGCUGCUCUCUUUAACUUUCUACUCUAUUAUUAUAUCAGCCAAGAGGCACUGCUUCCAUGACCUUAUUAUUGUGUUCAUCAAGCGAGAGAGACGAUGACAGCAACUUCUAUAAGAUCCAUAUAUAUAGUAUGCUCUGAUGCAAGUUUCGGGCUUUGAGAAAAGGAUAGUUGACUUGGUAGUGCUGCCGCCAUCCAUAGAAGGUCCAGUCGGAAUGCAGCCAUGAGAUGGUCUUUUCUGUGGCUUUCACGUCUCAACUAAUUCCAAACAAUGACUGAUUCACCUCUUGAAUGCUUCUUCAUUGAGCUUGCUGAUGGAAGUCCAUGUAGUUUGGCAUCAGUCUUUGGAUGUCCAAGAAAGAAGAGGUAUCAGAACCAGAUAAACCUCAGCUUUGGAACAGAAGAGGUUCCUAAUACUGAGAUGAAAAUAAAGUUCUGAAGAGCCUUGAUUUCAGUAUAUGAACCAUUUGUUCUCGAAGCACUUCUGGCUAUUUGUUCAUCAAACUAUAACAUAGUGAGUACUCUCAUUUCCUAAGUUCUAACAUCAUCGGAAACGAAGACAUCAAGAGUAAUUAGAUGAAAACAUGGAGAAUAUGAGAAGACUAAAAGUACAAGGUACCAUGCAUACUUUGAAUUUCUUCUCAUACAUUCCCCCUCUUUAUCUACGAUAUGUUGUGGUGCUAUCAGAUGCCAAAUUCAGAGUCAUCAACCUUCAUCAAAGUCUCUCCUGGGGCCACCAUUGUUGCCACCACGGGAAUCAUCUAAGGAGGUGCAAUGCUCAUUGUGAUAGCUAUUUUGAACAUAAAAUGUGUCCGGAAGACCAAAUUGCAGUCAGUCUCUGCGCAAGAGCAUUCAACCAAUGACACUGCAACUAGUUCUCAUAGCUCUGCCUUGCGAAAGGAUUUGAGCAUUGAAAUGGAUACCAUCUAUCAAUUUAUUGAAAAUACCGAGAAAGAGAUGCCCAUGAGAUUUACACCUUGGCAUCUGAUGCACUUUGCUGACAAUUAGACAGAGAUACUCGGAUCAGGUGGCUUCGGAGUAGUCUACAAAGGUCAGCUUCCCGAUGGACAGAAGGUGGCAGUCAAGGUCCUCCAUGGAUUGACCUUGGACAAGAGAGCCGAGGAGCAGUUAUGGCAGUUGAUUCAAUCAGCAGAGCUUGUCAUACCAACCUGGUCAGGCUCUAUCGGUUCUACUUCGACAACUUUGUGAAAGCACUAGUUUAUGAGUUCAUGGAGAAUGGGUCGCUUGAUCUCUAUCUUCUUCAUCAGAACAACAGGACCGACUGGGGAAGGCUACUAGAGAAUGCAAUUGGGAUAGCCAAGGGAAUCAGACACCUGCAUGAGUAGUGCCAGCAGAAGAUAGUACAUUACGACAUCAUGCCCGGUAUACUCCUUGAUUGGAACCUCAUGCCGAAGAUUUCUGACUUCGGAUUGGAAAGACUGCUACCGCAUGAAUGCUCAUGCAACACUCACAGGAACCAGGGGAAAUCCCGGAUAUGCUGAUCCAGAGCUGUGGAUGCCAUUGCCUAUGACUCAGAACUGCUAUGUCUACAGCUUUGGGGUGGUUCUGGGAAAGAAGCUUGAUGUAAGAUGAGGAGAGAGGCUUGAAUGAGGAGAACCCAAGGGCGAGAUAUCUAGGACAAUGUAAUAGCGCUGUCGUGUGUUCAGUAUCACCCACAGGCGAGACGUUCCAUGAACAGUAUGGUAAGAAAGCUCGAGGAGGAAGAGGAGAUCUCCAUGUCUUCAGACCCAUUUCAGUAUAUCUUCCAUCACAUCUUUCAAGUCCAGCUCCAUGGGUAAUUGGUAUCCUGGAAAGUUCAACUAGCACAGGAACUGCCACAAGUGAUCUGAUGCAUAGAUAAUGAAGUUCUCUUCUCAUCAUUUAUUCUGGUAUUGUCAGUCAAAAUGGUCUCUUUUUGUUUUGUUUUGUUCUUCUUCCUUUGCUUCCAUAAAAAGACAUCAUAUGGUGCAAAAGAAAUUAGCUGACUUUCCAAGAAA